AUGUUACAAGAAUCUUUAAUAACUAACAGAGCUUCAACUAAAGAUUGUUUUGGUGACAGCGAGACGUUUCCCAGGAGGGAAAGGAUCGAGCCAGUUCCAGAAAGCGAUGGUUUCUCGUGGAGGUUUUGGGAGAAGCGUCGCCUGGUGGUCGCAUUGCUGGCAUUCUUUGGAUUCUUCAACGUGUACGCACUCAGAGUCAACCUGUCAGUAGCCGUGGUCGCUAUGACCGAACCCAUUGAGGUCGAACUUGAAAAUGGCACGACAGUUUAUGUUCCAGAGUUCGACUGGAGUCCGCAAACGAAAGGCUUGGUGCUGAGCUCGUUCUUCUACGGCUAUCUACUGACACAGCUGCCCGGCGGAUGGCUCGCCUCCAAGAUAGGAGGUCACAGAAUGUUCGCUAUCGGUGUGGGAGCCACGUCGCUGCUCACUCUGUUCACUCCUCCUCUCGCACACAUCAGCACCGGCCUACUGGUGGCUGUGAGGGUCGUUGAAGGAUUAUUUGAAGGUGUAACCUACCCAUGUAUCCACGCGGUGUGGAGCGUGUGGUGUCCGUCCGGUGAGCGAGCUCGUCUCGCCUCAUUCGCCUUCAGCGGUAGUUACGUAGGGACGGUGGUGUCUCUGCCGGUGGCCGCCUACCUCGCGCAAUACACCGGGUGGCCGGGGAUCUUCUACGUGUCCGGUAUAUUCGGUCUCGUGUGGACCACCAUAUGGUGGCUGGUGGUGAAGGAGUCGCCCGAGAGAGACUCACACAUUACGGCCGCUGAGCUCAAGUACAUACAGGAGUCCCGUGGUUGUAGUCGCGGCGUGCGUCGUCACCCGUGGCGCGCCAUGCUGUCCUCGGGCCCCGUGUGGGCGAUAGUCGCCGCUCACUUCAGCGAGAACUGGGGCUUCUACACGCUACUCACAUUCCUGCCUACAUUCAUGCAGGAUGCGUUCGGUUUCUCCACGUCGUCGUCUGGCUGGUCGUCGGCCGUCCCCUACCUGGCGAUGUCGAUCACGCUGCAGGUGUCGGGACUCUUAGCGGACUAUCUCCUCUCUCUCAAUCGACUGAGUGUUACCUCAGUGCGACGUCUGUUCACGUGCGGGGCGUUCCUCGCUCAGACGGUGUUCAUGUUGGGCGCGGCGUACUCCUCCUCUCCCUCGUCGUGUAUCGCGUGCCUCACCCUGGCCGUUGGUCUCGGAGGGUUCGCCUGGUCUGGUUUCAGUGUGAAUCACCUGGAUAUCGCUCCUCCUCACGCCAGUGUGUUGAUGGGUGUAUCUAACACAGUCGCUACUCUGCCCGGCAUCGUGUCGCCCGCACUCGCCGGGGCCAUCGUUACUGAUAAGUCGCCGGAUCAGUGGCGCAUCGUGUUCUUUAUAUCCAGCGCCAUCUAUCUGUCGGGCGCGGCGUUGUACGGAGCGUUGUGUUCCGGGAACAGACAGCCGUGGGUGGUAGAGGUUGAAGGAGACGCGACCUUUGACACGGACGGGGCUUCAUCUAGCUACGAUAAUAAAGCCUUGGACAGGAGCUCCGAGAUGUGA